AUGGAUAUGGAUAAGGCUAGCAUCGGUUCUAUGAAGGACGAGGUUCGGGAACUACAAUCCAAGGAAGUGGGCACAAUCAGUGAUGUGCAACACUCGAUCAAUCUCCUCGAGAAGAGGGUUAGAAUGAAGAUGGACCUUUGGAUUUUACCCAUUGUCACGCUACUCUACCUGUUUUGUUUCAUUGAUCGCUCCAACAUCGGCAAUGCUCGAAUUGCUGGCCUGGAGAAAGACCUCAAGUUGAAAGGCUACGAUUAUAAUGCGCUGCUAUCCAUCUUCUAUAUCUCUUACAUUACUUUCGAAAUACCUGGAAAUGCCCUAUGCAAAUACAUAGGGCCUGGGUAUUUUAUCCCGAUAUCCGUCAUCGGCUUCGGUGCAGCAUCCAUCGGUGCAGCAUUCGUGCACAACUUUAACCAAUUGGCCGGAGUUCGAUUCCUGCUGGGAGUGUUCGAGGCUGCGAUGCUUCCAGCGAAUAUAUACUAUCUCUCUAGAUGGUACACCAGAGAUGAACUUGUCUUCCGAAUUUGCUUCUUCAUCCUUUCAGCUUCGUUGGCUGGCGCAUUUGGAGGCCUUCUAGCCUCGGGAAUUCUUACACUAGAUCAGGUCGCCGGGGUUACGCGCUGGCGGAUGAUAUUCUUCAUUGAAGGAAUCAUCACCGUUAUUCUCGGCACCAUCGCGCUCCUUAUGAUGACCGACCGCCCAGAGAGUGCCAAAUGGCUCACUUCGGAAGAAAAGCAACUCGUCUUGGAUCGCGUUAAGGCAGAGCGUGUUGGGACAACAGAAGUGGUAGACCAGUUCACAAGGAAGAAGUUCCUGAAGGGGUUUACGAGCCCUGUGGUUGUUGCCACUGCUCUGAUCUUCUGCCUUAACAACAUAACUGUUUCUGGCUUAGCAUUCUUCCUGCCGACAAUCGUCAGAACAAUUUAUCCCACACACACCGUCGUCAGCCAACAACUAUACACCGUCCCGCCCUAUGCUCUUGGGAGUGUAGCAUGUCUAGUCCUCUGCUAUGGCAGCUGGCGUAUGAAGCGUCGCAACAUCUUCAUUACAUUAUCUGCCGUACCAGCGAUGGUAGGUUACAUCAUCUUCCUGAGCACCAAUAAGCCAUCAGUCCGCUAUGCCGCAACAUUCCUUCCUAUGCUCGGAAUCUUCUCCAAUGGGGCAAUUCCUGCAUCUCAAACAUCUGCGGCAGUUGUAUCUGACACUGCACGUCUGUCCGCGGUCGCUUUUUACGCCAUGAUUGGAAACCUUGGAGGGCUCGUGAGCACUUGGGCCUUUCUACCGUUCGAUUCACCGAAUUAUCACAUCGGCAAUGGCUUGAAUCUCGCCGUUCAGACCAUGAUUCUAGUGAUCGGGACUGGUCUCUUUUGGUGGGUUGCACGUGAUAAUCGAAAGCGGGAUGCAAAGGAUGUAGAUGCCGAAUUGGAGGGCAAGACAAUCCAGGAAAUUCAAGAUUUGGACUGGCGUCACCCAGGAUAUCGCUGGAAGCUGUGA